AUGCAAUCAUCAUUUAUAGAAUUAUCACAUAUUUUAAUUGGAGGUGGUGGAUUCAUUAGUGUGGAAGGCUUCCAUCAAGUCCUAAAAGAAACAAACAUUAACCUUCCGUCUGAAAAGCUUGAGCAUCUAUGCGGCACGGGUUUUAUUGUCUGGAGUGAAUUUUGGCAGGUUCUUUUGGAUUUAGAUAAGAGUUUAGGUGGUAUAAAGGAUUCAUCUGGAUUGAUGGGUAAGAAGGUCUUUGAUCUUUACAACUUUAAUGGAAUUCGGAUGAAGUAUCUAAACCUGAGCCUGCUCAACAUGCACCAUUGGUUGACUGCAUUAGAACUCGCUAGAAUUGUGUUGUUUACAAUUGGGAAGGGGAUGCGCCAAGUAUUGUUUGAUUAA